GUUGCACAGAAUUCCCAGCCGUAGACGGUUACGUGCAGGAAACAAGCUCACUGUUAGGGUGAAGAGUCAGUUCGUACAAACAUGGCCGACGCUGGACAGCUGGAAGCAGAACAGGAUAUCUACAGCAAGAUCCAAGAAACACGUCAAAGAUUCAAGGACGAAUACAUUCAAGAUUCUUCUGACAAAUAUGACUCCAGAGAUGUGGAAAGACUCUUCAAGGACGACGCUUUGGUUGAGUGCUACCUAACAUGGAGACUGUUUGUUGUGGAGGAUGCCCUGAAAAUGAUUGACGAGAGCUUUCAGUGGAGGAAGGAAUAUACUGUGAAUGAUCUCACUGAGAACAGUAUUCCAAGGUGGACAUUUGAGACAGGAGCAGUCUACCUUCAUGGCUACGACAAAGAGGGUCACAAACUGUUUUGGUUCAAGGUGAAACUCCACGUCAAGGACCCAAAGACGAUCUUGGACAAAAAGAAGUACGUGGCGUUCUGGUUGGAGCGGUAUGCUAAGCGUGAGCCCGGCACGCCCCUCACCGUUGUCUUCGACAUGUCUGAGUCUGGCAUCAGCAACAUUGACAUGGACUUUGUGAAGUAUAUCAUUAGCUGCUUCAAAGUGUACUAUCCAAAGUUUCUGUCCAAAAUGAUCAUGUAUGAGAUGCCUUGGAUUAUGAAUGCUGCCUGGAAGAUUGUUAAGACAUGGUUGGGCCCAGAAGCUAUCAGCAAGUUGAAGUUUGUUUCCAAAAGUGAUAUUCAGACGUACAUCAGCCCUGAGCACCUUCCCCCUCAAAUGGGAGGCAUGGACCAGUUCAAAUACAGCUACCCACCCCUCCCUGAUGACGACUUCCAAUCUCCCAUAUGUGAAAAUGGACCAAUUGUCAGCGAGGAUGAGAGUGAGGCGAAAGAGGCAGAGUCAGAAUGUAGAGAUAGCCUGGAGUCGAGUUUUAAUACAGAGCAUGGCAUCAGACUCAAGAAGGUAAAUUUCAUGGAAGAUGUUGCAAAGCAAGAUGAUGUAGAUAGGGCAGACAUUUCGAACAGGCAGAAAGGGGCCAGGAGACCUUUGACCACCUUCAAGGGCACACUACUGCACGUCAGUCCAUCUGAGGAACUCAGUUUUGGUUCUAGAGAUACAGAGAGAAAAUGUCUGGUCAUCCUCCACAACGUGACCAAAAACCAUGUGGCGUUCAAGGUGCGAACGACAGCUCCAGAGAAGUACCGUGUGAAGCCCAGCAGUAGCAGCUGUGAGACAGGGGCCAAUGUUGACAUUGUGGUCUCUCUGCAUGGAGGUUACCAGGCCUCUCCUCAGGACCGCUUCCUGGUCAUGGCUGCUGAGAUGGAAGCAAAUGUAAGUGCAGGCUCCCUGGAUCUCGCCCAGUUCUGGAAGGAAGUUCCCAAAGCAAAGAUCAUGGAGCACAGACUUCGGUGUCAUAUUCUUGAGAGUCCUAAGUCUAUUCUGAGUAAUCUGAGUGACACUUCGUUAGGCACGCCUACCACUGACACCCAAGAUCUCCACAUGACAUUAAUGCGAGUCAUGGCCAGUAACUCCCGCCUGGAGCAGAAGGUGGACAUGUGUUUAUGGUUGCAGAAGGUUCUCCUCUUACUGGCAUCAGUGUUGCUGGCUUUCAGCUUCUCCACCAUCUACUUACUGUGGACAUCAUAAUUUCUUCCCCCCACCCUCAGUAGAACUGCAGGACCAUCAGGCUCAGUCAAUCAGAGCUUACCGUGCAGCAACACUGGUCAGUCUGCUGCUGUGGCAGUGUGCCUUACUAAACAGACCGUCAUAAGAGCCGAUUCCUGCCCAAGCAGUGCCACGUUCGCCAGGCAUGCUGGAUAAGGCAACCUUCUCUCACCUGUUCUUGCAUCUAACCAUGGCGAGCAGACUGUGAUUUAAAGAUUAAUCAUGUAUUUUUAUUACUCAUCAUGAAGUAAUGACAUUUAAUUUAUAAGUGGUGUAAUGUAGCUUGUAUAGUAAUUAUUUAACAAUAGAAAUACUUUGUGAUCAAUUGUAUGAACA